AUGAGCACACUUCCUGUUUAUGUUGCUGUUAAUAAAUAUCUUCUUUCUCAAAUUGGCUUUGGAAUCUCAGCCAACACUUUCCUCCUUCUCUUCCACAUCCUCAAACUCCUACAGGAUCACAGACCUAAGCCCACUGACCUCACCACCUGUCACCUGGCCUUUGUUCACAUUGCAUUGCUCAUCACUGUGUUGUUUUUGUUCUCUCCAGAACUGUUUGAGUUGCUAAGUUUUUGGAAUGACUUCAAGUGUAAGGCUUUGUUCUACGUAAACAGAGUAAUGAGGGGCCUCUCCAUCUGCACCACCUGCCUCCUGAGCAUCAUCCAGGCCAUCACCAUCAGCCCCAGCACCUCCUGGUUGGCACAGUUUAAAUAUAAAUACACACAUUUCAUCUUCUAUUUCUUGUUCUUCAUAUGGCUGAUAUGUUUGUCUUUCAGUACUAGCACACUUUUCCACACUGUGGCAUCUUCCAAUGUGACCCAGACAAAUCUGAUGACUAUCACUAAAUACUGCUCAUUUUACCCCAUGAGCCAUGGUAUCAGGGGUUUAAUGUUCACACUGUUAACAUCCAGGGACGUCUUCCUUGUGGGAGUCAUGCUGCUCUCAAGUGUGUACAUGGUGAUCCUCCUGUCCAGGCAUCAGAGGAGGUCCCAGCACCUUCACAGCACCAGUCUCUCCUCAAGAUCCUCCCCAGAGAAAAGGGCCACCCAGACCAUCCUGCUGCUGGUUAGUUUCUUUGUGGUCAUGUACUGGGUGGACUUCAUCAUCUCCUCUUCCUCUAUGGUCCUGUGGACAUAUGACUCAGUUAUCUUGGGUGUCCAGUGUGUUGUGGUCAAUGUCUAUGCCACUGUCAGUCCGUUGGUGCUUAUCAGUUCUGAUAAGAGGAUACUCAGUAUUUUUCAUAAUGUACCACAGAAAAGCUUUUGA